CUGCAACUCCCAUAUUUGCCGAGAUGUAGCACUGAUCGCCAGACUUUUCGCCGGUGAUCGAUAGUCCAGCUGCAAGUCCUCCGCUGACAAAGCGGAGGGCGCAGUCCGCGGGAGCCCUACCUCCUCCUCCCUCUACCUCGGAAGACUCGCGUCUCUCUCUCAAGGAGUGGUUGCUGGAGAAUUACAGCGUGUAAAAUAAGAGAUUUAUAAAGACCAGCGUCGAGGACCGACUGACAUGGCAAUGGUGCAAAGGACCUCUCCUCAAGCUCAAGCUCACGCCCACGCUCACGCUCACGCUCACCCAUACCUGAUUCUCUCUCUCACUGUAUAAAUAACUAGACGCUGGAAAUGUCCUCCUUCACCUACUACUCGGGCCCUGGCUUUGGCGAGCAAUGUCGCCAGCAAUACGGCUUCAGUGACGCCUGCAUUAUCGGGGAUCGCAUGAUCGUCACCGGCCAGACCGGCAUGAACCCCACGACCUGCCAGACGGCGCCGGAUCUGGCGGCCCAGGUGGCUCAGGCCUUUGCGAAUAUCGGGUCGCUGAUCGAGCGAACCUUGCGGCAGGCCGAGCAUCCCGCCCAUCAGGCGGGCAAGUCGGGCUGGGAGUACGUGGUCAAGCUGCACGCCUACUUUGUCGGCCUGUCGGCGGUGCGGGACGACGCGCGGGCGCUCAUGGUGCGGCACAUCCAGCAGGCCUGCCCGCAUCAUCCGCCACUCUUCACCAUGGUCGGCGUCGAGAGCCUGCCGUUCCCGGAGCAUCGGGUUGAGCUGGAGGCGGACGUGUGGAUUCGUUGA